ACAGCAAAGCUCUGAAACGUCUACUUCACUUCAAUAAAAUUGACUUUCGCUUUUGUUUUGUCGGUCAUAUCAAUUAAUUAUAUCUGACGAUGAUUGGAACCUUUGGCAAACAAGAUUGUCCUGUUGAAUCAUACAGUGAUUAGUUGCAGUCAGAAAUGGCUUUCGUGAAAAACGAUGUAUCGAUCAGUCAUGAACCCAGGGAACUUCUAUUCGAUAAACACGUAGAAUACAUUGCCAAUCAUGGGAAUGAUAAAAACGACUACGAGUACUGCAUGACGGAGUUCCUGCGAAUGUCUGGCAUUUAUUGGGGCGUAACCGGCCUGGAUCUGAUGCACAAAUUAGAUCGUCUCGAUAAGCAGGAAAUUAUCGAUUUCAUUAAGAGAUGCCAGUGGCCGGUGAGUGGUGGGAUCUCCGCCUGUGAAGGGCAUGAUCCGCAUAUACUUUACACGCUGAGUGCGGUGCAAAUUUUAUGUAUCUACGAUUGCUUGUCGGAGAUUGACACGGAAGCCGUGGCACGGUACGUUAGUUCGUUGCAGCAGCUCGAUGGUAGCUUUUUUGGUGACAAAUGGGGCGAAGUUGACACCAGAUUUUCUUUUUGUGCCGUUGCCAUUCUAAGUUUGAUUGGUAAAAUGGACGUUAUUGAUCUUGAGAAAGCGGUCAACUUUGUCAUGUCUUGCUGCAACUCCGAUGGGGGUUUUGGUUCAAAGCCAAACGCAGAGAGUCAUGCUGGCCUAAUCUACUGCUGCGUAGGGUUUCUCUCAAUAACAGAUCAUUUGCAUCGGUUGGAUUGUGAGAAGUUGGCUUGGUGGCUUUGCGAAAGACAAUUGCCAAGCGGUGGGCUAAAUGGCAGGCCUGAGAAAUUGCCGGAUGUUUGCUACUCAUGGUGGGUUCUGGCAUCGCUUACAAUCAUGGGUCGGCUGCACUGGAUUAGUGCAGAAAAGCUGGAGAAAUUCAUCCUCUCCUGUCAGGACGCAGAGACUGGAGGGUUUUCUGAUCGUACGGGUAAUAUGCCAGAUAUUUUUCACACAUUGUUCGGUCUGGGAGCAUUAUCAUUGUUGGGAGAUCAAAGGUUGCGUCAAAUAAAUCCUACUUUAUGUAUGCCGCAGUAUGUGAUCGAUCGAUGCAAUGUGAAACCUAAGGUAAUUGAACUCUAAAACCUUUCACUGAGUUGACAAAUCUUCAGUAUACAGCCUCUUACCAUGUAAUAUUCUCUAUAUAAGGAAUAAAACAAGAAUAAAGUGAGCUCUAUACGAUGAUGAAA